CACCCGGAAGCACCGAGCCUCCGUCCUGCUUUGUUUUGUUUUGGUAGUAGGAGUCAGGAUAGGAGAAGUGCAAAGCGGACAGGUCCAGGCAAAGGAGGUCCGUUCGGGCGAGGGACCCCCUUCACUAAAUGGGGAGAACCAUACCGGGGAUGGACGAUGACGACCUGAUACCUAACGCCAGGAAAAUGCCGAGUUUCAUCGGCGGCUUCGAGGAAGGGAAGGUGGUGAAAUUGUCCCGCAACCUGCCGGCGGAAACUUCCUUCACCGACGGCAAAGUUGAGCGGCCGGUCAGAGAUUUGAGCCGCCGCGUCACCAGGUCAAACUCCCGGGUGUCGCUGGGCGGAGGUGAGGGGCAUGCAGCGGGGGAGAGCAGCGGCGAGGAGGGGAAGGAUGCGAAGGGCAACAACAACAACAACUGCAACGGAGGAGGAGGAGGAGGAGGAGGAGAGAGGAGGAGGGCGAGCGCCGUCGAGAUUUUGAGGAGGAAUUUCGGGGUUUCUAAAUCCCCCUCUCUUCGUCUAAACACAAACAGUCGGAUGCAGCGCGGCGCCGAACACGGCAGCACCGAGGGAAGCGGUAAUCCCGCCGGUAAAAACGGCGAGUGUAAAAAGUCAGAGUGUGAAACGGGCGACGCCGGGACGGAAAACGAGCCCACCUUGAGUGACUUGACGACUUUGGACGUGCAAGGAGUUGAAUUUGUUACUGUCACAGGUCAGGGUAGACACAAAGGUGACGGUGAUGAGUCUUUUAAUGACGAAGAAGAACACAUCUACUGCACUGUGUACUGUAUAGCGAACGACAAACACCGGAGAGACGUUCAAAUCACAGACGAUGACACGGCCACGUCUGAUGCUGCAGAAACUGACUCGGAUGCAGGGCAGGACAUGGGUUCGAAUCCAGAACCGGUACUGUACACACUGGACGACCUGGUGGACCCUUUCGGAGAUAUUGCCCACCACCGUGUGUCGGCGGCGCAGUCCGGUGCAGAGGCGACGUUGCAGAGCUGCCGGGUGUGCCUGGAAGGUAAAUCCAUCGCACCCCUGCCCUGCUGCGGGAAGGCCGUGUGUGAUGAGUGUCUGAAGCUCUACGUCACCUCCCAGGUGCGAAUAGCAAAAUCUGACAUCAGCUGUCCAAUCUCAGAGUGCAGCGGCUACCUGGAGGAGGGGGCGGUGGUUUCCCAUCUAGCCAUCGAAGAUCUGGCAAAAUAUCGUUACUUUUUGGAGCUGAGUCAGCUGGACUCCAGCACCAAACCCUGCCCCCAGUGCAGCCAGUUCACCAUGCUGAAGGAACACAACCACAGCCGCUCCGAGUACAGAUACAAGAUCCAGUGUAGCAAUUGCCAGUUCGUGUGGUGCUUUAAGUGCCACGCGCCCUGGCAUAAUGGCUUAAAAUGCCGUGAAUACAGGAAAGGAGACAAGCUGCUACGAAGCUGGGCGAGUGUCAUAGAGCACGGACAAAGGAAUGCGCAGAAAUGUCCGCAGUGCAGGAUCCAUAUUCAGCGUACAGAGGGAUGUGACCAUAUGACAUGUACACAGUGCAGCACUAACUUCUGCUACCGCUGUGGAGAGCGUUAUCGACACCUGAGGUUUUUCGGGGACCAUACAUCCAACCUCAGCGUGUUUGGGUGCAAGUUUCGCUAUCUACCUGAUAAACCCCAUCUCAGACGGCUAAUUAGAGGGUCUGUGUGUGCCACUAAGGUGCUGAUAGCUCCAGUGGUCAUCCUGCUGGUCGUGGUGCUCGGAGCUCUCGCACUGGUGAUAGGGUUGAUCGUUUUCCCGGUCUACUACGUCUGUAAGAGGAGGAAGAAGCAGCGCACUCAGGGCUCAGGACGCUGGAUCUGAAACCUGCCCUGCACUUUCUCCAGACCAUGCACACACCAACACACAGCUGAAAAAAAUAAAAUUAAAUAAAAAAAAAAAGACGACGCCCACAUCUCCUCAGGGAUGAACACGCCAGCCUGAGUCCUCGCAACAUGAGCAACUGCAAUUAGUCAAGUACGUGAACCGCUGGAGUGAUGCCUGGAUAAUCGCACGUCAUAAUGUCAAGAGUGGAUUCUCAAGCAGAUAAAGGAUGAAAAAAAAAAAAUCAUACAGCUGACAGUUAUUUCAGGCAGAUUUUCUCUCAAACAUCACCUAUUUAACAACAGCAAUCCUUCAAGAGAGAAAACAGAGGUGACACACAGACACAGUUUUGUUUACACCGGCACUAAAGACAUAAGAGAAAACUUUGGAGCUCACGGGUAAACCUGCCAUGAUUGACACCAAAUGUGUGAUUGUCAGGUCCUGGAAAUAUGAACACUGACUGCUGGAGCAUAAGGAGAACAGGAGGAGCGCACAGAUUUAUAAAAGAGAGAGAGACAGAAACAAGAGAAAUAAUUUUUCCUUAUAUUGAACUUUUUGCAAUAUUUUUUUCUCUCUAUAUUUGCUGCAGCUGGCGAGAAAAAAAUUGCAAAAUGGAAACUGAAUUUGGAACAAGCCAUGAUGUAAAACACUGAGUUUUCACACGUUCAACAUAGCUGGACAAUUUGUUUUUUCACCAUCCAUCUACUCAUCAAAAAGGCGUUCUGUUUGCAAACACACAGGAACCCGACUGGCUCCUUCGAGAAAUCCUGGAAAGCAAAGUGGAAUUUUAAACAAGCCUCCAUUGUUUUAGAGAAUUUUCCUCCUUUCUGCCCCUGUUGAUCUCACUACCCUUUGCCCUGCUCUCUGCCUGUCAGGGCUGGGUGGAUGAGGGCUAACAAACUCCCUAUCAUAUCAUGUUGUCUCUGCUGUGCCCACAUACCGCUUACUGUUUGCCAUUGUCUGCAUCAUCAAAAAAAGCAAAAAAAAAAAGCUGAGCUGCUGGGCGGCAACUGUGCCAAAACAAAUUGCUGAAUGUUGCAGGACUGACCUAUCCCUUUGUUAGAUCUUUUUUUGUUAUUCUUAUUUUGGGGGUGGGGGUGGGGUUGCCUGGUGGAGAGGUUGUUUUAGUUUCAGAGGUGUGGGGUGUGAUGCUGACAUCAUGUGCUAAAGUCUGCAUGAAGAAAUGGACUUAGAGGCUUGUAGGAAUAAUAUGCAUUACAUAGUUCAAAUGUGGAUGCAAACCAUUAGAAUUAAACUGGAUGAACAUGCUAUUGCAACUGCUACAAGUAGAAAAAAAUACAGUAUUUUAGAUGUACACUUAAUUUGGACUGGGUGGUGGUUUACUGAAGAGCUUCAUUUUAAGAUUUGUGGUCAGAAGUCAUCAUCAGGCUGCAGUGCUCUGAAUGUGCGGUGGGCUCAGUCUGGAUCUUAACUUUUAUGUGAUCUGGAUUUCAGGACACAACGCAGAGUUUGUGUCUUAAUUUUGCAGUGAUGAGAGGACUUCUGACGUAUAGUUUUUAAUGCACACAAACACCUUAUUAGCUCAUUGACACUGUCACAUACAGCAAAAAGCACACACGUGGAGGGCUGCCAGGAAACAGGAGAUUUUCAAGAGCUUUAAAGGUCGUCACCUGGCAGCAGCUGCCAGCUCGCUGUCUGUCCUCCACUUCUCCCUCCGUCCCGUCCUUCCUGCUGUUUGUCCUUACAUUUGAAAUGAGCGCACUACCACAUGGGGAUGCUGUUUGGAUGCAGAGAUCACCCAAUGCUGAUGUUAAAAAGAACAUCAGUCAUGUACAAAUGGAUUUCUAACCAGUUGCUUUUUUUUUUUUUUAUCUCCCCAUCAUGUGAGGUUAAUUAACUUGGAGACUUAAAGAAAACAGACAUCAAGACAAGAAUGAGCACAAUAAACCUGCCCCCAAGAUGAGAAAAAAUAUGGAAUGAUGCAAAUAAUAAUUAUUUCAGGAGAGAUGUCUCCACUGAAUCUGAACUAAAACCAGGAUUUAAAGCAUGGAGGAAAAGCAGGGUUGCAGUUCAUGCAUGGUGGACAUUUUGCUGCGCAACGCUACAACUUGGCUUUGUUCAAGGGAUCCAAAACCUUUUUUUUUACACCUGGGAAUCAAUUAACACCAACUUUUCCUGAAGACCACAGACCAUAUGUUGUAACACACUGCGUUCAGUCUGUCCCGACUCUGGGUUUGAAUCCACUCUCAGGGAGUUUUCUUUGCUCUCUGCUGUACUCAGAGCCUGAAUCACUGAAUCUCUUUCUGAUGCCAAGAACUGCUCAGCAACCUUAUUUAAAGGCAGGGAGUUUCAAACAGUGAAAUGUCAAAGAGAUCCAAAAAAUCUCAGUGAUGCAAACCCUGUGUGUGUUUCGCAGCGUGGCUCGGAAGGGUGGGCUAGUCUGGAGUUAAAUGUGGAGAGGAUAACACGUAGAUAUGCAUAAGUCAGUCAUCACUGGGUCAUUUAAUGUCUUCAUUAAAUCGCCAAUUGAAAUGUUGAAGCUACUUAACAAUUGUUCACUUGCAUCAUGUGCACAUGUUUAAUCUAACUGCUAAGAUAGUGCUACACUGACAUGUUGAAUCGCUGCUCUUUCUUUCUUUUUUUUGGUUAAUGAAAUGACUGGCUGGUGGAGAUAUUCCAACUCUAACCUGUCUUUAUGAAUCAGCAGAGUGAAAUCACUUUAAACAGUUCCCCUUCAGCUUACAGUGUUUUACUGAUGAGCCUGUCAAUAAGUUCAAAAACAGAAAUGAACAGACUUGCACCUUUAUAACGGAUACAAUAUCUAGAUAUUUAUUUAGACACAGUAUCCAACCUUUCAGAAGCUUCAAUUUCUGUAUCGUGAAUGUUGCCAUCAUUGUUUUUCUUUAGUUUUUGUUUUGUUGUUUGAAGUGGUCAUAUUUGGAAGAUUUCUAAUGAGCACUGCUACAUGUCUAUGCUGGUUGGAAUGACACUGUGGAGGGAACAUGUCAAUAACACUCAAGCCAUGUCUUUAAAAAGCUUGCUUUAUCUCCUAUUUUACACUUAAUGGGACUUUAUUUAUAAGAUGAACAUAAUGACAUGUGGUAGAGGACUCAAGACUCCAUAAACUAGUAAAAAAAAAAAAAAAAGGUAAAACAAAAACUCUUCUCAUCUUCAUGCAAUCAGGCGUUUCUUUUUUCUUCAACCAGUGCAGUUGCCCCCUGCUGGUUGCUGGAACGAAUGCAGAGGCUAUAGUCACAUUUUAUCUGGUAAUUUUACUGUCAGAUUAUAAUUUCACACCUCAAUCUGUACUCAGCAGCAGAACAAAUGCAAAAAAUACAGUUUUUGUAACAGCAGAGUAUUUAGCCUGGACAGCCCCUCAUGUCUCAUUUCUUUUACUCUCCUUCUAUAUUUCAUGAAGAAAUCUCCCGGAUGAUUCAAUGUUAAAAUGCCAUGUGGAAAUGCCAAUCAUUUGGAUUUUGUUUGGUUGUAUUUGUGAACACUACUGACUUAAUGCUGACAUUUAUCUGAACACUAAGUGACUGGCUGUUUGAGAGUUAUAGUGGCCAAUGGUUUUUCCUUUGCUGGGGUGUAUUGGCUGGCUCAUACCCUUGGCUUUUUUUUUUUUGUUUGUGUAACAAUCCCAUUAUUGUUAUAUUGGCAUAAGUAUGCAAAAGUGCCUUCACAACCAUUAUAGAUCAGAGUUUGCCAACAUGAAGUCAAGGACCCUUUAGUGACUCCCAAAAUUACAAAUGGGUAAAAUGUUUCACAGAGGUAAUGUGAGAUAACAGCUAAAGCAUAAAUAUAUAUUAACCUGCAAUUGGGCUUCUGAUGUAAAAAACACUAAUAUGAAUAAGUGUUAAAAGAAUAUAUGCAUGUUAUCCUAACACACAGGGCAAUGUGCAGCGCAAUCACACUUUUCACUAACACUAAGAUGAAACCAAACUUCUAAAGUUUCACAGGUUCAUUAAUACAGGGUGUCAACUCCAACACAAAUACUCUUGGACUUUUGCACAAGUUAAACUGUCACUUUAUUUUGGCUCACACUAACAUCAUACUUUGGACCCUUUAGAGCAAAAUUUGCAAGCACUAGCACAGCGAGCUCUGUUUCCAACACUGAAUAAAAGUCAUACAUUUGUUAUGCACUGACACACUCUGUCAAGACAGUGAUAAUAACUAAUAAAAAACGACUUUAUUUUCAACAAAUGUAAUGUCUGAAUAAGAACAAUACAUCAAGAUUAGUUUCAACUCAGGAGGCAUGUAUUAUAAAUAUAUAUGUUUUGUAUUUAAUGGUGCUUAUCAGCAACAUCAGGACAGGUUUUUUUCCCCCAUAUAGACAUACUAAUGCAACAUGUUAGUCAGCAAAACACUUUGUUUUCAAGGUUGUUCUACAUGUCUGCUGAAGCUUUUCUUACUCACUCUGACAGGCACAAAUGCUGUUUUCAUUUGAACAUCUGAUGAAGAAUAAACUACACUGGGUCAAAUGCUAAAA